GAUUUCUAUAAAAUGCAAUGUCAUUUAAAGAUAAAACUCUAGAAGUAGAGAAAAGCGAUGAGGGCGACGUUGACGAACGUUCCACCUUGAUGCAUUUAGCUGAUCACAUAUAUAGAAAAAUAGAACCCCACAUUGGAAACAACGAGCUUGAAGUUGAGGUUCGCCUGUGUUCGCAUCAGGUGCCCAUUAUGGAGCUACAACAGCCCUAUACCAUACUUUCAAAACAAUUUGGUCCUCAACCAGGGAAAAUUAAGGUAGGUGUCACCAAAGAAGGUUUUGAGGCUAUAAAAAAUUAUUUGAUCGCGACCAAGACAGACACUGAUCACCCACCUCUUAUGACCACUACCGAAGAUGUCAAAGUGAAUAAUGAGCGAUAUUCGUAUGACUUAAUUAACUCUGACACAGGGCCUAUCCGGAAGCUUACAUCGGUGAUCAUUAAACAACGCAUCCUUUUUGUGGAUGUGGCCAUUAAUCGGGAAGACAUUAACUACGAUUUUCGGUUUUCUAUUAAUACAGAAUCACCAGUGAGUAUCCCUGCAACUUCCCCCACGAAAAAAAUGUACUCAUACACGCGUUUUAAAAAACGCAUAAGCAUCAAAGAUGGUUUGUUUUUAUACGACCUGACCGAAAUUCGUACAUCAAGCGAGGAUUUAAGUUAUGAGAUCGAAAUAGAGGGCUGCUUUGAGAGAGAAAAUCCAAAGGAAGAUCUAACUCGAGAGUGGCUAGUAGAGCUCAUGCAGCGAAUAUUGAGUUUAGCAGCAAUAGCUUCAAAGUAAUUUAAUCUUAUUAAAUUGGCAAUCGGAACUAACUGAUACUCUAAUUUGAGAAAAAAGUCAACCAACCCUCUUCAUGAGUUUUUUCUACAUUUAUCUACUCUAUUA